UCUGCAGUGACAUAAAAACAUCUUCUGUGAGUUAAAUAACUAAACCAUUGGAUCAAAAUGCUACAGUUUCUUCUUUUCCUCCUGCCUGUUGCAGGUGCUGCAGAUGUUCGUGACUGGCAUGUGAAUUAUCCUCCUCCGAUCUGUGCUGCAAGAGGAUCCAAUGUCACUGUUGCCUGUAAUUUUACAUUUCCACAAUCAAAUAUCCAUGCAAAGCAAGUGCUGUGGUGUUCAAUGAACUCAAACUUUAACAAGUGUGAGUCUGGGCCAUAUGUCUAUGACAGUGAAGCCAAGAAUAAUUCAAAUUUUCAAUACAUUGGAGAUAAAACUUCAGAUUGUUCUCUUUUGAUUAAUGACAUUAAACUCACAGAUUCUGGAGAAUAUAAGUUCAGAUUUAUUACUAAUUCUUCAAGCGGCAAGUGGACAGGUGAUCCUGGAGUGAACAUUACAGUACAUGAUUUAAAAGUCUCCAAGUCCAGCUCUAUAAUAAAUGGCACAAUGACUGGAGACUCUGUGAAUUUGACUUGUUCACUGGACUGUCCUGGUGGUUUAUCAGAGGUUCAGUGGUUUAAGAAUGGUGAACUGAUGAAACAGACAAACCCAAUCCUCAUCUUAAACAACAUCACUGCUGAAGACUCUGAAAAUUACUCUUGUUCUUUGAAGAAAUUUACAAACACUUUAUCUGGAGAA